AUGCUGGAAAUUCACAUCCCGUCUGUGGGGCCCGAGCCCGAGGGAUCCAGACAGAACCCAGAGAAAGGCCACAUGGUGUUCCGAGUGGAGGUGCUGUGCCGCGGACGCAGACACACCGUUCCGAGGCGCUACAGUGAGUUCCACGCUCUGCACAAGCGGAUCAAGAAACUAUACAAAGUGCCCGACUUCCCCUCGAAACGCCUGCCUAACUGGAGGACCAGAGGCCUGGAACAGCGCCGGCAGGGCCUGGAGGCCUACAUCCAGGGUGUCCUAUACCUGAACCAGGAUGUGCCCAAGGAACUCCUAGAAUUCCUAAGACUUCGGCACUUCCCCACAGACCCCAAGGCCAACAGCUGGUGCACCCUGGGGGAGUUCCUGCCCAGCAACUGCAGCUCCCAACUUCACCACCGGCCUGUCAUCAGCUUCCACGUGGAUCCCUACACGUGUACCCCCUCCCAAGAGCCUCUGCCAAACAUGGUGGUGAACGGCGUGCUCCAGGGCCUCUAUGGCUUUAGCAUCAGCCCCAUCAAAGCCCAGCCAGAGGCUGCCUGUUGUCCUGCUCCUCUGUCACCGACGCCCUGA